UGGUGGGAAACUUGUCAUCAGAACCCUUCUUGGGAAGAGUUUAAAGUAGCAGUGGUUAGAAGGUUCCAGCCAACCAUGUUACGGAACCCUUUUGAAAUCUUGAUAGGCUUAAGUCAGAAUGGAACGGUUGAUGAGUAUAUUGAGCAGUUUGAGAUGUAUGCAGGAUUCUUGAAGGGAAUUGAGCAAGAAUACUUGGUGGGGAUCUUCUUGAAUGGUCUGAAAGAUGACAUUAAGGCAGAAGUCAAAUUGUAUGACCCUGCUACGCUGGCAGAUUUAAUGCUUAAAGCCCAAAUGGUGGAGGAGAAGAUUCGCGUGCAUUCGAAGGCAGGUUAUUCAUCUCUGAAUAGGUCUACCACUACCUCCAAACCUUAUAUAGUGACAAGAAGUUUUUCCAGGGAGCCAACAACCUCAGGAAGUUCUGUCAAUUUCAAUGACGGAAAAGGGAAAUCGGGGGAGACUACUAGUAUUGCCAGUAACACAUCGGGAGGGCAACGUCUUAGAGGAGCACCCUUUAGGAAAUUGUCUGAGGUUGAGUUACAAGACAAGAUCAAGAGAGGCCUUUGUUUUCGGUGUGAUGAGAAGUAUGGCCCUAACCACAUUUGCAAAACCAAACAGCUCCACAUGUUGUUGUUAACAGAGGAAGAAAUGACGGGAUUAGAGGGUGUUCAAGACAAACCUGAGGCCAAUGAUGAAAUGGGGGCUGCAAAGGGGCAAGUUUUGCAACUCUCCUUGUGCACCAUGGUUGGGAUCACUACAAAGAAGUCCUGGAAGUUAUGGGGUAGUAUUGGGUCUGAACGAGUAGUGGUGUUGCUGGAUUGUGGUGCAUCCCACAACUUUAUUUCCUCCAGCCUUAUUUCUAGAUGUGGGCUGCAACAGGAAGACACACCUCUAUUCGUGGUGGAAGUUGGUGAUGGCCACAAGGUACGGUGCCAAGGUAAAUGCCAAGGAUUUUUAUUGGAUUUACAGGGGUUCCAGGUUCAACAACAAUUUUUCGUCUUUGAUUUGAGUGGGGCAUACAUUGUGUUGGGGCUGGAAUGGCUGGCUAACCUUGGGGAGGUCAAGGCAGAUUUUGGUCAGUUAAAAUUAACCAUCAGGAAGGGUGAUACAGAGAGGCUUAUCACAGGAGAUCCAACUUUAUCAAAAUCGCAGUCUUCCUUGAAGACUCUGCUGCACGAAUGGCGAAACGAAGGAUCGUGUUAUCUGCUGAAAUUGGGAGAAGAAAAGGAGGGCAACCACACUCUAGAUAUCCCUGCUACAUUGCUUCCAAUUUUAGAGCUCCACGAGACAGUUUUUCAAGAGCCUAUAGGCUUACCCCCUAGCCGCAAUCAUGAUCAUGCUAUUCACCUCCAGCAGGGAGCCACAAUCCCUAACCUCAGACCCUACAAAUACUCCCAUCAGCAGAAAAAUGAAAUUGAGACCUUGGUACAAGAGAUGCUUCAUGCUGGGAUUAUUAGACCUAGCAUCAGUCCGUAUUCAAGCCCCAUAAUUUUGGUUCGAAAGAAGGAUGGGGGGUGGCGAUUUUGUAUCGACUAUCGGGCUUUGAACAAAAUUACCAUCCCUAAUAAAUUCCCAAUCCCUGUAAUUGAGGAAUUAUUGGAUGAAUUAGUUGGGGCUGUGCUCUUUUCGAAAUUAGAUUUGAAAUCCGGGUAUCACCAAAUUUUGAUGAGGAAAUGUGAUGUUGAGAAGACUGCCUUCCGAACUCAUGAAGGCCAUUACGAAUUCCUAGUCAUGCCCUUUGGGUUGACUAAUGCACCAGCUACAUUCCAAUCCCUAAUGAAUGACAUUCUCAAGCCCUAUCUACGGAAAUCAGUGCUGGUUUUCUUCAAUGAUAUUUUGGUUUACAGCCCCACCUUAGAGCAGCAUGCAACUCAUUUGACAGAAGUUUUGCAGGUGCUGCAACGUCAUCAAUUGCGAUUGAAUAAAAAAAAUGCAGUUUUGGGCAAGCUAGUUUGGAAUAUUUGGGCCAUAUUAUUUCUAGUAAAUGGGUAGCAGCAAAUCCUCAAAAUGUUGAGGCUAUGCAAACGUGGCCUGUCCCUAAGAAUCCUACGUCUUUGAGGGGAUUCUUGGGUCUCACAGGGUACUAUCGGCGUUUUGUGCAAGGAUAUGGGAGCAUUGCUAAACCUCUAACCAAAUUAUUAACCAAGGAAGGGUUUCUUUGGACAGCAGAAGCUCAACAAGCUUUUGAGACACUAAAACAGGCUAUCA